ACGGUGGGGUGACUGGGGCGCUCUCAGAUGAGCUCCACACACCGUGUCUCCUCUCAUAUUCCAGCCCACCUUAAAUUCCUGGAAUGUGACUGCGGCUCUCAGUCCUCCCCCACCAUACUCUGCCUCUUCCCCCGCACUCCUCCCGGUACACACUCUCCAUCCUCGGCUCCGGGUACACACACCAGCUAGUACCACCUUAACAACACCCGGUGCUCUGCGGACAGCGGUCACAUGACACUGCGCCGCCAUUUUGUCUUAGGAGUGAAGUGUGAGGUAAAAAGAGAGAAGGGAGAGAAACCGGAAAGGAAGAGAGGGCAGGAAGAUACGGAGAGCCGUGUGAGGGCAAGGACUCCUGCUGCUGCCAUUCCGUCUGUCAAGACCACCUGUCAGGGCAGCCUCCGGGCACGGUGACCCAGAAGCGGGUGAGCUGAGAACGGAGGAGCCGGCAGUGACGGGAUCCCUGAAUCUAUAGGCCCGGAGUGUCAGCGCGGAGAAUGUCGGGUCAGUCCAUCACAGACCGGAUCACGGCGGCCCAGCACAGCGUCACCGGCUCGGCCCUGGCUAAAGCCGUGUGCAAGGCGACCACCCAUGAGGUGAUGGGGCCCAAGAAGAAGCACCUAGACUAUCUUAUCCAAUGUACAAACGAAAUGAAUGUUAACAUCCCGCAGCUCGCUGACACCCUCUUUGAACGCACUGCUAAUGGUAGCUGGGUUGUAGUAUUCAAAGCCCUUAUCACAACACAUCACCUUAUGAUGUACGGUAAUGAGCGAUUCAUCCAAUAUCUUGCUUCCAGAAAUACGUUGUUCAAUCUCAACAACUUUUUGGAUAAAGGUGCUAUGCAAGGCUAUGAUAUGUCAACCUUCAUUAGGCGCUACAGCAGAUAUUUGAAUGAAAAAGCACUUUCCUACAGACUUGUGGCGGUGGACUUCACCAAAAUGAAGAGAGGGAUAGACGGUGUGAUGAGGACAAUGGCGACAGAAAAGUUAUUGAAAACUCUUCCUAUCAUUCAGAAUCAGCUAGAUGCUCUGCUAGAUUUUGAUGCAAACCCAAAUGAAUUAACUAAUGGUGUUAUAAAUACUGGUUUCAUGCUGCUAUUCAAAGACUCCAUUCGAUUAUUCGCUGCCUACAAUGAAGGAGUUAUUAAUUUGUUAGAAAAAUACUUUGAUAUGAAGAAGAACCAGUGUAAAGAAGCCUUGGAUAUCUAUAAGAAAUUUCUUGCUCGGAUGACCAAAUUGGCAGAAUUCCUCAAGGUGGCAGAGCAAGUUGGAAUUGAUCAGGGUGACAUUCCAGAUCUUACUCAGGCACCCAGCAGUUUGCUGGAAGCACUUGAACAGCACUUGGCAUCCCUUGAAGGGAAAAAAACAAAGGAGCUCUCAGCUGCUAGUCGAGCUAGCACCUUGUCCAGUGCGGUAUCUUCUCUUGCCACAACUGGUUUGUCUUUUUCAAAAAUGGAUGAAAAAGAGCGACUACAGGCUCUGGAAGAGGAACAAGCAAGGCUUCAAGCACUUAAGCGUCUUAGGGAAAUUUCUGUAGUACCAAGUUCCACACCUGGAUCAACCUCACCAAGUACUUUAUCUGGAAAAAGUGUUAAUGCCACCUCAGCUGUUGAUUUGUUCUCAACACCUGCACCAACAACUAAUAGCAUGCCCAACCUUACGAGUGAUCUAUUCGACCUGCAGCCAGCAUUUGUACCAACAGUACAAAGCACUCCUGCUAUAGCGACAUCUACAAACAGCACAUGGGGAGGGCCCUUCUCAUCUUCAAAUGGAGUUAGUUCCCCACCACACCUGGACAUUUUUGACAUGCAACCAGUUGAAGAGGUUGUGAAGUCUACCCCUGCUUAUAGCACUGCUUCAUUUCCUUCAAAACCAACAAUGGGACUUGUUAGUGGUUUCCAACUUCAGCCCAGUGUACAGAACGCUUCCACAGCAAUGAAUGUGGAUUUUGAUGCUGUGUUUGGGGCAAAGUCGUCUUCUGUACAUGGAGGUAAUGAAACACCAGUUGCCUACUUUACAGAUGAUGUAUUGCAACCAACUAUCUCACAGCAAAAUCAAAGAUCUGUUGCAGCAGCCACACAGAGUGGAAAAUUUUUGCCAAAUGACCUUGAUUCCUCACUUGCAAACCUGGUUGGAAAUCUUGGUUUUGGAGGAACACCAUCAAAAAGGUCUGAUAUGCAGUGGAAUCAGCCUACAGAGAAAAGACUGACUGGUGGCACAAACUGGCAAGCAAGAACAAGCACUUCAACCACCUGGAAUCCUACACCUGUAGCAUCUGUACCUCAAAUGGUUCCUGCACCACUGAACUAUCCAGUUGCUACGCCUCAAGUGCCUGUGUAUGGAAUGGUUCCUACACAGAUUGGUGCAAAUCCUCUCAUGGUUUCUCAGCCGAUGAUUUAUACACAGCCAGGAAUAAGACCCACCAAUCCAUUUGCACCUGUUUCUGGAGCACAGAUGCAAUUCAUGUAAAGAAGCCAAAGCAGCAAGGAGGCAUUGACAACCAAAAACUGGUGAAAAAAGGGAUUUCCAGUCCUAUGCUGGCAUGGUCUUUACCAGGGCACCCGUGUGUUUCCAGUUUAUUAAAGUCCCCUUCACUUGAGCUGCAGUGCUUCAGAGGUUGUUGGAUAGAACUGUCCUCCUGCCAUGGAACCUGCUCGGACUGUGCAAAAGCUGCUCCAAGGAAACCUCCUAUCUUCUUUUUUACUACACUGGUGGUAGGCAAAAUCGAAUCUAAAACCUUUCUAAAUGUGAACAUUGAGGUGCCUUUGUCCAACAACACGAAAGGGGUUUUGUAUUUUUUUUUUUUUUUUUUUUUUUUUUUUUUUUUAAUCCUAUCCCCUCUCCUCAGUUCAUUCUCAAAUAGCAGAAAUUAACAUCCAUCUUACCCUGACAAUUCAUGUAGCUUUUCUGAAGAUUUUGCUCAGCUGAAAGUGAGCAGCCGGCUUGUCAGGUUUCGUGCUGAAAGAAGCACAUUCCCUAUGGUGUACCAUGAGGACCAGGUUCAAACUUCAUGGGAAGUCCACGUCAGGAACGUCAAUAUUUUAUAUGGAGAAAAGUAGAGCCGAUGGCCAUGCAAUAAGAUGUCUUGAUUGUCACAUCAGAAAUUUGUGCUUUAAUGUGGGUCCGAGGUCAUUUUGUAAAGUCAGAACUUCUGUUAUAUGAAUAGUAUCUUUUGCUCCUUGUUGCCAUCAACAUUUGUUAUUUUUUUCUGUAUAUUUCACAGAUAACAGGAUUUUUUUUCUUUAUUUUGCCAUUGCAUAAAAGGGAUGUGCACCAUUGGGACGCGGUGGGAAUUUGGCAUACUUACCUGCUUCCUGGUGUUGGCUCCCAGCAUCUUUGCUCUCUGGCCUCAACUGCUCCGCUGGGCUUCAUGGAUGUAAACCUCCUGUUUAACGCUGCCGCAGCCACUCACUGGCUGCAGAGGUGACCUCCUCACCUUGUGUCACGUGGGAGAUGUUACUUUUGUGACAGCAUCAAACAGAAAGUUGACAUCCAUGGAGGCCAGCGGAGCAGUCAAGGCCAGGGAGCAAAGAUGGCGAGAGCCAGCACCUGGUAUCAGGCAAGUAUGCUUCCCUUUUGCAGGUCUGUGCAGGAGGGGGAGUUUGCCAAAAAAGCCCCCAAAUGUGCACAACCUCUUUUACAGAAAAUUAUCCUUUGUAACCAAUAAGCUGGGGCAGCGUACCUCCUGCUGUUUGUGCCACUUUACUUUAAAUACAGUAAGUACAUUUUUUAUUGUGUAAAUAUAUAUUAUAUAUAUAUAUAUAUAUAUAUCCUGAAUUAAUAAUUUCUUUAAUGCUGACGCAUCCAUAUCCUUAAGUAUAUUUCUCCAAGCAAGUCCUUUUAAAAAGGAUCUUGAAAAUGUGCAGAUUAUUAUUGAAUAUGAUUAGUUGAUGCCAAAUUAGCUCAGUAGAUGACAUGGAUCACUCUAUAUUUAUUUAAUUGCCACGAAAACAUCAGAAUAUUCCCGAGAUAUUUUCACUCAUUGCCAUUAUAGCCACUUUCAGCGAUGGAAGUAAAGGACAUCGAAGUCAAGGUUUACUGUGCCCAUCUACGACAAGAAUGUGGAUCUCAGAGUGUGGUAUUACAAUACGAUAUCUCCAGUUCCGAUUUCAAACAACUGAAAUUGAUUAAUGUUAUAAUAAAAUGGUAUGUGAA